AUGAGCUACAACUACCCUUACCAGCCCAACUACCAGCCCUCGCACUACCCGCCCCCGCCGCCUCCGCGCACCUCGACGCUGGGGGCUUACAACUCUGGGGAACAGCCGCCACCAGCCCUCCCGCCGCGACACUCACAAACGCCCGGAUCGCCAAAUGUACAAGACGAGCUGGUUACCGGCUUCGGGCGGCUGAGCACCUACGACCCGCGCCCGACGUACGUGCCACACGCCGACUACCACCAGGCUGUGACGUCGUCCCCCUCCCCAGCCUACACCUGGCCGACGGACCACGGCGCUUCCGUGAGCGGCAGCAGUGUAGCAGGAAGUCAGUGGGCGCCGACGCCUCCGCUGCCGCCCCGUCCGCCGCCGUCGCAGCAGUCGCCAUGGCAAGCGGCGCCAGCGGCAGCAGCAACACCUCCGCCAUGGCAAACGCCCCAGUCGCCCGUUCCGCAAUCCUAUCCCUCGACGCAGCAGCCAUGGCAGCAGUACCCUCCCCCGCAACACCAGCAGCAGCAGCCACCUUGGUCUAGUCCUCCACCUGCACCACCACAAAGCCAACCCACCCCGCAGCAACCACCCCAGACACCGUCCUCGCAAUGGCACCAGAACGGCACCUACAACCGGCCGCCUCCGCCUCCGCCCGCCGAGUUGCAGCAGCAUCAGCAGCAAUCAUAUGUGCCUCCCACCGUCUCUUCGCCGUCGGUGGCUAGUAGCUUCGCGGGACCGCCGACGCCAGCUUCAACCAUAUCGUCUCAGUACCCACCGCCAUCGCCGAUGCCUUACCAGCCACAGUCGCCGCUGGAGUAUCAGCCGCAGUCACCGCAGCCUUACCAACCACAACAACAACAAACGUACUAUCCACCACCAUCUUCGCAGGACCAGGCGCCGGUGCAGCAGUAUGGCUCUCCGGUUCAGCAGCAGCAGUAUGGUACGCCGGUGCAGCAACAGCAGCAGUAUAGCACGCCCGUGCAACAGCAGCAGCAGCAGCAGCCGCCACCAGUCGAGGUGCCUCGGCCGCCGGCCUUCGUGUUCGAAAUGGAAGGGUCGAUGCCGGGUGUUUUCAACGCGCAGACGCAGCAGAAGCCGAAAGAGGAGGUGCCGGUCCAGGCGAAGAAGCCAGAGGAAGAGCAUCCGCCGCCGCCGGAGAAGCUGCAGCGGACGUUCACGGAUACGCUCAGGCAGGCGGGUCCGUAUUUUUAUAACCCUCAGCCGCAGUCACAGCAGAGCCGGCCGCCACCGCCGUCGGUGGAAGAGGUGGAGGAUGAGGAGCCGCUUUUAGUCGGAAAGGAGACGGGGAGUGAUGGGUCCGCGGUGGAGACGGAGACGGCGCCGCCGAGUUGGGAGGGGAGGAAGGUGGAGGAGAGGCCACAGAGAAAGGCAUCUCCGCCGGUUGAGCCUGUUGUCAGACCGCAGAGAGCUGCGAGUCCGCCUGUCCAGGCUGCUGCUAAGCCACAAAGAGCACCAUCUCCACGUGUCGAGCCCGCCGUUAAACCACCAAGACAGGCAUCUCCGCCAAUUGACCCUGUUUUCAGACCGCAGAAAGCAGCGUCACCACCCAUCGAGCCCGUUGUCAAACCCUGGAAACCUGCAGUCAAUCGGCCAAAACCGCUGGAAGGAGCCAAACCAUAUGGCUACUACUUGAAGAUACCCAACCCUCCAACGAACAUUCCCACCGACCAGACGGCCAAUUACUCUGUGCCAUACAAGUGCAACUAUCCCGAAGUCAUCGGAUAUGCAGACCUCUUCUGGUUCAGCCACAUCGACGUACCAGACUUCCGCAUCUGCGGCCACUGUUUCGAGAAGCACAUUCGACAUAGCGAGUUCACCCACUCCUUCACCGGCUCGAUCGUGUCCAAAGAGCUGAAGCCACGCUGCUCAUUCGGCGCGCCACGGAUGCUCGAACAGCUCUGGCCGCAGGCCCUCCGCACCCGCGAUCUCGGCCUGGUCAAAGACUACAUGGAAAGCCGGACGAAACUACCCCACUGCCACGGCAUAAAGGGAGUGGCCGGCAGAGACGCGACGCACGUCCGCUGGUUCACUAUGAGAAACAACGAAGUUCCCGGCCUCCUCGUCUGCGAAGCCUGCCUGGAAGAACAAGUCAUCGGCACCGCCUUCGCUCCCAUGUUCGCCCCCUACCAGGAUCCGCAAGGCCAAGACCAGACGUGGGCCUGCGACCUGGCCGUCUCGUACCUCCGCCGCGCCUUCGACCGCGCUCUCACGCUCUCCAACUGGAGCUUCUUCGUCACGCCGGCCGCGAACCGGCUCAGCCUGCCGCCCUGCGAGGGCGUCGUCAAGGGCGUCAAGGCCGGGUCCCGGCAAUGGUACCGGCCAACCCGCCCGAUCGAAGGCAUCGUCGUCUGCGAAGCCUGCUACCUCGACCACCUCGCCCUGACCCGCUUCGACCACGACUUCACCGCGCGCCCCGUCGCCCCCGCAGACUCUGAAAACCUCUGGUCCUGCGACCUCGCCUCGCUGGCCGUCAAAUCCGCCCUCGACAUCGCGCUCAUGACGUCCUCCUUCGCGCCGCUCCAGCACACCCUCACCUCCCUCUCCACCACCGGGCCCUGCGCCGCCGGGCCCCUCGCCAGCCGCACCUGGUACAAGCUCUCCGCCCAGCCCGCAGCCGACUUCGACAUCUGCCCGACCUGCUACACCGGCCUCUUCGCCGCCUUCCCCUCCUCCCCCGCCGGCAGCAACCCCCUCGCCCCCCUCCUCUCCCCCCACACCACCGCCCAACCCACCCAACGCGUCUGCGACUUCGCCCCCGGCCACGCGCCCCGCUUCAUGCCCUACGCCCACGCCUACCUCGCCGCCGUCAACGCCCCCAACCAAGUCGCGACGUACAUCGCCACCAUCACCCGCCUGUCGUCCGUCCCCCCCUGCGCGCGCCGCGACCGCGUGCGCAACGGCCGCUGGUGGCUGCUGGGCGGCGCGGGGCAGGCCGACCUGGUCGUGUGCCACGACUGCCACGCUUCGGCCAUCGCGGGGACGGCGCUGGCGGCGCUCCUCGCGCCCUGGCCCCCGGGGAGUGAUGCGGAUGCGAGCACGACGGAUCCGGUGCCGCGCGUGUGCGACAUGUACAGCGAGGCGAUGCGGGCGCGGUGGGGGGCGCUGUGUCGGGAUGUCGUCGCCGCGUCUGCCGCGGGGGAUGCGAGGGGCGCGGAGGGCGCGGUCGAGGCGUUUGUCGAGUUCUCGCGGUACAGGCAUCGGGUGUAUGAGCAGACGGUGCCAGUGUGUGUGGAGCUGUUGAAGCAGGCGAAGGCGCGCGGGGAGCGGCAGCGGAUGGCGAAUGAGAUGAGUAGCUUGUAUCAUCAGAUGGAUAUGACGAGUCGGCUGUCGGCGUCGACGAUGUGGGGGUAUGGGAGUUAUGGGGUUAUUGGCGGGUAUGGCGGGAGUGUUUAUGCGGGGCAGGCGGCGGCGGCGGGGGCGCAGGGGGUUGGGUUGAUGAUUGAGGGGAUGGGGGAUGUGGCAAGGGUUGAGGAGUUGGAGGGGAGGUGGAGGGAGGUGGAGUAG